AUGGUGAGCGGAAGAGGCAUUGAGCCCAGUCCAAAGAAGGUAGAAGCUAUCUUGAAAAUGCCUGAGCCGACCUGCGUGAGGGAUGUCCAAAGACUUACUGGAAGGGUAGUAGCGCUCAAUCGCUUCAUGUCGAGGUUGGCGGAAAGAUGCUUGUCGUUCUUCAAGAAGCUGAGAAAAGUUCCGAACUUCGAAUGGACCAAGGACUGUCGAGAAGCUUUCAAAGAGCUCAAAAGCUAUCUUAGCUCGCCACAUGUGCUCAGUAGUCCGUUGGAAGGAGAGGAGCUUCUGAUUUACUUGUCAGCCUCAGAACAAGUUGUAAGUGCUGUGUUGGUAAGAGUAGAAGGAGGAGAACAGAAGCCAGUGUUUUAUGUCAGCAAGGUGCUCAAAGAUGCCGAGAUCAGAUAUCUGAACAUCGAGAAAAUAGCUUAUGCUCUGUUGCUGGCAGUCAAAAAAUUCAGAGUUUACCUAGAAAGCCACCAGAGAGUAGUGAUGACAAAUCAGCCGCUGAAGAAGAUUCUCCACAGACCAGAAACUUCAGAUCGGAUGCUUGCCUGUGAGAAACAAAUAGAAUUGGAUGCGACAUCCUCAGAAGCAGUGCAAGGCAAGAGAGAGGGGCAGCCCCCACGAGAUUUCGGCUGGAAGUUGUAUGUGGAUGGAGCAUCCAGGACUGGGGACAGUGGUGCAGGAAUAAUGCUGAAGGGACCUAAGGGGUUUAAAAUAUGUUAUGCGCUGUGCUUGGAGUUCACCGCCUCUAACAAUGUAGCAGAAUAUGAAGCUCUAAUAAAUGGGAUGCUGAUCGCAAUGGAGGUAGGGGUGACCGACCUCGAGAUAAAUAGCGACUCUCAGCUAGUGAUUAACCAAAUAACGGGGGCAUAUCAGGCCAGAGACCCAACUAUGCAGAAUUACUUGACAAAAGCCAAGACCAUAGAAGCUGAGCUCAGAAGCCAGGGGAUCAUGAUAAAAUACCAGAGAAUACCUCGGGAACAGAACGAAGAGGCAGAUCAGCUCAGUCAAUUGUCCAGAGAAGAGUUGGAGCAGCUCCCCGAUGAGGUAUACAUACAGCAUGUCCACACUCCUGCCUUUCAAAAAAUAAAUACCGUGAUGAAAAUUGAAGUCGGGCAGAAUUGGAUGAUCCCGUACCUGGAAUAUUUGGAGAAAGGGAAGCUCCCUGAGGAUAAAGCCGAGGCAAAGAAGAUUGUGGCUCGGGCAGCUAAUUACCAAGCAGUGAGAGGGACCCUAUACAGAAGAGGGAAAUCUACCCAUGGCUUCGAUGCGUGA